CCUGGAGGACAGCAGGAUGGAGGACAGGGUGUGGACUGUGUGUCUCCUGGUCAUUCUGACACUGGGAUGGACUGAGGCUCAGAGUCAGACCAACUACACAAGGCCCACCUUCCACUGUGGAGGCCACCUGGUCGUAGACUCUGGCAUCGUGGCCAGUGAAGGAUUCCCCAGUCACUACAAACCCAACAGUAAAUGCACCUGGUACAUCACUGUUCCAGAGGGUCAUGUGGUCAUGCUGGCUUUCCGCCUCUUCGACAUGGAGGCCGACCCCACCUGUCGUUAUGACUACCUGGACGUGUACAACGGUCACUCCCGUUUGGUGCAGAAGCUGGGUCGUUUCUGUGGAACGUUCCGGCCCGGCGCUCUCAUCUCCACCUCCAACACCAUGAUGUUAGAGAUGGUGUCAGAUGACGCCACUGGAGGAAGAGGCUUUCUGGCUUCCUUCAGCGCGGGGAAGCCACAUAUGGAAGAGAACCAGUUCUGUGGAGGACGGCUGACCAAAUCCCAGGGCUCUGUCAAGACGCCCAACUGGCCCAACUCUAAUUACCCAGCAGGCAUCAGCUGCUCCUGGCACAUCUCCGUCGAACCAAGCAAUGUGAUUGAGGUGAAGUUUGUGAAGCUGGACUUGGAGCCCGACACAUACUGUCGCUAUGACUAUGUGGCGCUGUUUAACGGGGGAGAAAGGGAUAACUCAAGACGGAUUGGGAGAUUCUGUGGAGACAGGGCACCAGGAACUAUAGUGACAAACGGGAACGAGCUCCUUGUCCAGUUCGUCUCUGAUCUCAGCGUCACCUCAGAUGGCUUCAUGGCCCACUACGCCAGUGUACCCCGUGGGUCUCGGACGCCUACCGCCGGAGGAGACUUCAUCUAUGGACCUCAGACCACUUCAGCGCCAGAAAAAGCAGCUGCGAAGCCAAGCAAGCCCACCAAACCCACCAAACCAACCCCCAAACCGAGACCUGGCCUCCAGCCUAAACCCACUCCAAAACCACCCAAAAAACCACUGGUGAAGAUACCGCUGAAACCUCCACCACGGAGACCUAUCGUCAAACCUGCAGUCAAACCCACGGCUAAACCCAAGCUAGCUAAACCCACACCGAAAGCACCUGUGAAAAAGCCUACACCUAAACCUGGAUUUAAACCUGGAGCUAAAACUACACCCAAACCUAAGAUUAUUAAACCAACGCUCAAACCAAGCAUUAAGGCUAAACCCACACCACGUAAGCCUGCACUGAAGACCAAGCCCACUUUGAAACCUAUUGUUAAACCAGCAAAGCCAACCUCUAAGAGUGGAGUUACACCAACUGUCAAACCAAAGAUUAAACCUAACCUGACACCUAAACCUGGAGUAAGCAAGACAGUGACGAAGAAGCCUCUCGUGAACAAGAAACCUCUACCACUGAACCCACAGUGUACACAAGCCUGUAAGAGGACGGGAACUCUCCAAUCUAGCUUCUGCCCUCAUGACUUCGUGAUCACUGGUAAAGUCACAUCUUUGACCCCUGGUCCAAGGGGCUCGGUGACGGUUGAUGUGUUCCUAAUCAAGGCCUAUAAGACAGGACGCCUGAAUAUCACCAAAUCAGGGCCUGUCAUGUCGGUUGUACUCACCUCUGCCUGCAAAAAAUGCCCUGGCUUAAUCAAAGGCCAAAACUAUGUGUUGAUGGGAAAAGUGGAUGCGCAGGGCAAUGGCCUUCUCAGCCCCUCCAGCUUCACGCUCCUCUAUAAGCCCAUCCACGCCAAAGCACUGGUGAACCUCGCAAGCAAACCAUGCUGACAUCACAGCUCAGCCCACCAUUCAGAUUGACAACCCUCACUAUCUGUCUGAAUACAUGUAGCUUUACAUAAAGUGUGAAAAUAUUCUAAGCGAUAGCCAAACAUAAUGUUUUUUACGUAAUACAACCCCGAUUCCAAAAAAGCUGGGAUAUUGUGUAUAAGAAAUCAUCCUGUGUUGAACAGGUGGUGAACCUCGCUCCAUCCUUGAUGGUGAAUGACUGAGCUUUUCCAGAAUGCCCCUUUCAUAUCCAAUCAUGAUACUAUCACCUGUUACCAGUCAGCCUGUUUACCUGUGGAAUGUUCCAAACAGGAGUUUUUGGAGCGUUCCACAACUUUCCCAUUUUUUUUGUUGCUCCUGUCCC